AAUUUGUUUCUGUCAUCAGACAUGGUAGUUUUAAGAUGAGGACAGGGAUAUCUUCUCAUGCUUCUCUCUUUUAAAAAAAAUUUUUUUAUUGCACUUGGAUGAACAAUUUCUUGAGAUGUGGGUGGUUUAAAAUGUGUUGGAUAAGCAACAGCAUCUUUGUAGUCAGACAAAAGCCUGUCUGCUGAGACAGAUAUUGGAUGGAAUGUAACUGUUGGAAUCUUCUGACUCUGUACUGCAAACCAGAAGUAAUUCUAUAGCUCUGGCUGCUGGGGCUGGCAGUCACCAUAAUGACCGUUAUCACCCGCUAUGGGGCUCACUUCAAAAUAAUCAGUGGUGUCUCCUAUGAGGCUAACCCCUAUAGAAUCUUCCACAACGUAGCGUUCUACAGCGGGAUAUGUCUGAGCAUGAUACUGGUCCUCGCAGCCUUGCUGAGUACUGCUGCCACAGUGAGAGAAUCAGUGUGCCUCAUGGCAAUGGGAUUCUUCUGUUUUGCCAUUGUUUUCUGUGCACUGAUACAGGCUGCAUUUUGGAGAUAUACCAACAACAGUGAGGUAGAAGAUGCCAUGAUGGAUGUGUAUGAUUCUGUGUACGAGGAAGUGAGGAGGAACUUGUCCAGCUUCAGGAGGCAGGAACUAGCUACCAUUCAUGAAACAUUUCUGUGCUGUGGAAAGCAGUCACCCUUUGGAGAAACAGGAGGCAUUGAAAAUGAGACAUGUCCAUCAGAACAUAUGGGCACAGCCAGAGAGGAUUGCCUCCAAGAGAUCCAAGACUUCCUAAAAAAACAUAUGGACUUCGUCUCUGCGCUACUGAUCAUCACAAUCUGCUUCAUGGUUUAUGGGAUGAUUUUAACUUCAUUCCUCUGGUUCUCCAUCCACUUCAGCAACAAUCUGGACCGGAGAGGCAAAUACAUUUUCAGAGAGACCUAGAAAACAGUCAUCCAGCUUCCCCACCAGAGCAAGGAUUUCCAACCCUUGAAUUGGGAAACCAUCUGAAAGUUCUCCACAGAGUUCCCUGAGAAGCUGUGGCUAGGUGACUGGAGCUGGGCUUUGGUACCUUUAUGUUUCUCUUUACCGCAUUACCUCCUCCUCUGCAUUGUCAGCUGACUAGUGGGAAUGAUCAUCGGGCAGCACAGGAGAGAAAGAUGUGACAUUUUCUGUAAAGACAGAUGGACUGUGACAGGCAGCCAACUGGGGAAUCAGGGCCAUGUAGAGACACAGAUGGGCAGCUUUAGCAUUGGUGUGAGAUGUGGAUGGUAGCAAGGAACCAGGCAGCCACUCACGCAGAAAAUCUCCAACCCAGCUAGCGAAAAACCAAACCCUGAUCCAAUCACUUCUGUCAGUGCCUGAAAACAGACCGCUUAAAACUCCGUCAGUGUGCCAAAACAUACAAAAACUAGAAUACCAGCAAGAAGAAAAAAGAAGUUCAGUUAAUACCCCUCAUCCAGGAGAAUGUCCUCUCAGCUAUAGCCAAAAUAAAUGCAUCAUGCUAAUCAAUCCCGCCACAAUUCAUGGCAAAACAACCACUUACAUUCAAACCCCCCCCCACACACACACACACACAACCCCUGCACCACCACCAAAUAACUAAUUGCCCCUGGUAGAAAGAAGAAAGAAAUGCAUUAGAGGACACAUGUGAUAAGUAAUUUAAUUUAACUAAUUAUCCACCAAGUUUCCCACAGUCCAUUCUGUUCCUGAACUAAAAUUACAAACUGGGGAACUAUUGUAAAUUUAUAAAUGUGUUUGCCAAAACAGAAGUUAAAAAACCAAUAAGAAAUUACAGAAAGUAAAAUAAAGAUGGUAGCAUUUACAUUUAAAAGAACGUCAACAUUGGAUGUUACAAUGUAUCACAAGAUAACAAAUCAAAUAAAUAAAUUUAUGUUGAGUACUCUGAAAAAACAGGCACUAGUCCUCUCAAGGAAGGCACCCAAAAUUAGUUUACACUUCUGACAAUUUUGGCUUUAAUCUCUGAGACUCAGUUAACUCAAGGUCCUAUCAGUCUUGAUACACAGACGAACUUUAUCUUAAAUCUACACUAUUCUCACCAUGUGACUAUCACUGUAGAACUCUGUAUCUUUAAGUAAAGAUCCUUAUCAAUCCACCAAUAUACUUGUGUGUCAAUGAGAUUAUGGGACUGCCCAUGGCAGUUCAACCAAAUCUCUCUCGAGUUAGAAUAUAGAAAUUUGAACAAGUUACUUAUCAAAGGCAAUUUGAUUCAAAAUUGCUUUGCCUUGGUGCUAUUCAUAGCUAAACUCUUUCCAUUAUGGCCAUAUUCACUAUUAUAAUGCAUCAAACCCCAUAUACAUGUUUCUAGAAUAAUUUUAAAGCUAUUUGUAAUUUCUCUGGAAGCUCACGAAUACUGUGAACUCUUUAACCAAAUAUUCAGCAAUGGCAAAAGUCUGGAGCUUAACUGGACAAUUCAGAAUUCUUUUUCUCUCUUAGCUAAGAAGUUGUCAGUUUUUUGUCACCGCAAAAAAUGAUCUAGGGCUUCUCCACAUGAAUACUUAGUGCAGGGUAAGCUGGGGUGUAAAUCUUCCAUGGUACUAGCCUGCUGCUUACCAAGUGGGCGUGUGGACACAGCUGCUGAACUUUUUUUUUUUUUUUUUUUUGCAGUGUGUUUCAAACAGCAGUAGUUCAAAGCACACUG